CCCCCAAUUUUGUGAACUUUUUCAAAAUUGACAAUAUACUAAGAAACUCGCCUAGCCGAAGCCCGAGUAUUAACAGAGUCGGCCCCUAUCAAUUUUCCGUCAAAAAAACAUGGAAAAAUCCAUUCAUUAAGAGAGUCGGCCCCUAUCAAUUGUUUCGUUGAAGAAGUCCGUUCUCCUUCUUUCCAUCGCCCAUUGAUUUUUGCAGCUACUUCCUCUUCGUAAAUUCGAAAGAAAGGUUAGAAACUUGGUUCCAAUAUAAAUAACUUUGUCGGGUUAUCCAGAAAGCAAAUAAAAGCCACUGAAGUUUUCUCCUAAGCAACAAUUUUUCUGUUAUGACGAUGGAUGUGGAAUUCAGUGAAUCCAGGCGUCAGAGUGUUGAGGUGAGAGAUCAAGAUGAGCCUUCUACUCGUGAAAGGUGGGUAGGUGGAUAUGACGAUAUGGAAGAAGAUGAUCUUGACAAAUCGAGAGAGUCAAGCAAGCAUCGUGGUAGGGAAAAAAGCAAGAGCAACCGCAGAGAAGAUAAAGAUCAUAGACAUAAAGAUAGGGAAAGAUCCAAGACCAGUCAUGGUUCAAAGGAUAGCGGGAAAGAAAGUAAGGAUGAGAAAGAGCGAGUAUCUGGCAGAGAUAGGAGACAUGAAGAUAGAGAGAAGCCAGAAAAGGAGAAGAGCCACGACAAGGCUCGAGAGAGGGAUAUUGAAAAAGAGAAGUACAGAGAUAAAGAGCGUGAUAAAGAUCGCAAAGAUCGGGGAAAGGAAAAGGAACGAGAGCGUGAGCGUGACAGAGAACUGGAUAGGGAUGCAGAACGUGGAAGAGACAAAGAGAGGGUAAAAGAUAAGAGUAGAGAUAAGGACAAGGACAGAGAAAAGGAAAGAGAGAAGCAUAGAGAGCAUGGAAAGGAAAGGGACGCUGAUAGGGAUAAAAGUAAGAAUGUUGUUGAGAAAGAAAAGGGGAAGGAAAGAACUAGGGAGAAGGAGAGGGAUGCAGACCAAGAUAAGGAAAGGCAGAGGGACAAAGAUAGGGCAAGUCAUAAGCAGCGGGAUGAAGGUCAUGAGAGGAGCAAGGACUUGAGAAAGGAGGAUAAGUUUAGAUCUGACAGUGUAGAUAAUUGGGAUCGUGAUUCUGAGGAUGGAACUAUAGCUGUCAAGGAUCCACAACAUGCCGAUGGUGGAGAUGGUGGACCACACUCAUCUACAACGGAGCUGGAACUUCGCAUUAUGAAGUAA